AUGGUUCAGCUCAUCUACACUAUCGGGCAUUCUUCGCAUGAUUUCGAAACAUUUUCCUCUCUAUUAAAACGUUAUGAUAUUGAACUCAUCAUUGAUAUACGUCGUUCGCCUCGAUCAACUCGCUAUCCACAUUUCAAUAUUGAUCGUCUCGAACGUACAUGUUUAUUUCGAUAUUCAUUUCAAGGUGAUAUACUCGGUGGACGUCGUCGUCGACGGAAAUCUUUAGGUGAUCUUAAUGAUGGUUUAAUCGAUUCCGAUUUGCAUGCUUAUGCUGAUCAUAUGCAACGCAAGGAAUUUCAGCAAGCCGUAAAUGAUUUAGUUUCACAAUGUUCGUCUUCUACACUGGUUCUCAUGUGUUCGGAAAAUAAUCCCGAAGAAUGUCAUCGUUUAUUGCUCGCUGAUUGUUUAUGUCUUGUUCAUCAUGUUCAGGUACUUCAUAUUCUUUUCAACGGUGAAACACGCGAGCAUCAAAUCAAUUCCAUGGCAAAACUUAAUGAACACAAUGUAAAAUCAGCAAUCGAAACCAAAGUCAUGUCGUCAAAUCUAACUAAUAGUGAAGAACAUGAUCCGGUUGCUAAUUUAAACAUGCUACCAGCACGAAGCAUACUCAAGACAACGAAAAGUCUCGAUGAAAAUCGAUUAGAUAAUCGUCAAGAUGUCACGACAUAUCCAACAACCGGGAUGAAACGAUCCGAAAGUCGAAGUAAUAAAAUACCUCAUUUUGAUGAAAUGAAUAUAAUUGCAACUUAUCAUCCAAUUGACAAAGAUUAUGGCCAUAUGAAAAUCGAAGAACCGAAAACACCGUAUGCUCCGAGUGAUAAUAUUGAUGAAGACAUGGAUACUGGAUUUAAUAAUAAUGAAGCGAUAUCUUCAGGCGUUGAUCCUAAUGCGCUUGCCGACAGAUUAAAUGAAUCGUCAUGUGGUUCAUCGCGGAUAUCGACGGAUCAUUCGGCAAAAGCAUCAACUCAGGAUCAUAGUCCAACGUUAGAACAGCGAAAACAAUUUGAACAACAUCGAAAAGAACAUUAUAACGAAUUUGAAAUCGUUCGUUUACAUAAAAAACAAAUCGAAGCUGAACUACGAGCACUUGAACAGGAAGAAGCAUCUGGAUCUGAAGGAGCAUCAUCUAUUAAACCGAUUCUGAUACAUUCUCCUUCAUCACUAUCCCGUCAUCAUAAUCAAGCGCAUCAUGUGCAUGUUCAAGAUGACGAACAACAUGAGGUCGACGAGCACUCCUUGUCUCCCGAAGAGCGCGAACGAAGAAAACAAUUCGAAUCAAAACGAAAGCAACAUUACAACGAAUUUCACGUUGCUCAUUCAGCAAACAACACUGAACACAGUUGA